AUGAUUGAAGCUGCUUGCAACCGAAGCAAUCAAAAUGACAUAAUAUUUCUCACAAAGGAAUCGAUUGAAAAUAUGCCUGUUAUACUGGCUUCCGGUUCGUCAAUAAUUGACACACCAGUUGAUGUUGCGGCAAAAUCUAAUGCUAUUACAGAAUUGGUCAUGGAAAUGCAGCCACUAGCUGAUGGAGCAUUAACAUCUGAUGCUUUUACAGAAGUGAUCAUGGAAAUGGAACCAAUAGCCUAUGGUUCGUCUCUGUGUUCCCGUCCGUUAACAUCGGUUACUGAGGAAUGCAUGGAAUCAUCCGGACCAGCUACAACUUCACAGGCUACACCACGUUAUGAUAACAAUGCUACCUGCAUUGACAACUAUCUAAGCGAUGAAAGUGACUACAAUAUCAAACAACUUGUACCCUAUUCUGAGCACUCAGAUUCAAACAGUGAAGAAGAACAAAGAGGAGGUAAGAGGAGAAAAAGGUGUCAGGUUAACAAGGCAACAUGGAAUGAAUACAAAAACAAGCUUAAUCGGAAAAAGGGGAAGCAGUAUACUGGGCGUAAAAAGGUUGACGGGAAAUGGGAAAAAACGCUAAAGAAUAAACGAGUGCUUAAACCUCGAUGCAAAUGUAAGACAAAUGACAAAACUGCUUUAAAAUGCUGUGAAAUUACAGAAGAUGAUAGAAAAGUAAUAUAUGAAAGGUUUUGGGGGAUGACUUGGGGAGAAAAAAAGAUUUUCGUGAAUAGUCUUGUACAAGAGAUACCUACAAAACGGCCAAGAGAUAGAAAAGACCCAUCUAUUUCAAAGAGAAAAAGCUCAAUGAUUUAUAACUUGCUUUUGAAAGAUGAACAGCGUGUUAGAGUCUGCAAAACGAUGUUUCAAAACACUUUGUGUAUCACGAAAAUGACCAUCUGGAACUGGAAAAAAGGUAAAGAAAAUACCUCUCACAAUGAAAACCAAAAUGUAUCUGCCAGAAAAAAUCCCCACGAAGAAGAGGUAGAAUCACUUAAAGAGUUUUUGAACAAUAUACCAAAAAUGGAAUCCCACUAUUGCCGCAAAACUACAUCAAAGCUUUAUUUGUUACCAGAAUGGACAUCAAAAAGAGCCCUGUACAAAUUCUACGAAAAAGACUGGUGCGCGUCGCGGAAUAUUAAACCUCUGUCAAUAGCAAAAUUCAGCAACACUUUAGAAAUUGAAAAUAUAUCACUGUUUAAGCCGAAAAAAGAUGAGUGCGAAAAAUGCCUAUCCCAUAAACUCGGAAAUAUAUCUGAUGCAGAACUUAAGGAACAUAUAGACAGAAAAAAUGAAGCCCGAAUUGAAAAAGAAAACGAUAAAAAUUCAGAAGAACUCGUAUUUACGAUGGACACACAAGCUGUGUUACUAGCACCUAAAUCUAAUGUUUCACCUCUGUAUUAUAAAACCAAGCUAUGCACACACAAUUUCUGUUUAUUCAAUUUGAGAAACAAAGAUGGAUUUAGCUAUCUUUGGAAUGAAACUGAAGGUGGGCUAUCGUCUGACAACUUUGCAACGAUAAUAGUCAAGUUUAUUAAAGACAAACUUCUGCCGAGCAUUCACAGAGAACCUGAAAAGGAUAUUAAAAUUAUAUUAUACAGCGACGGAUGUACAGCACAAAAUAGGAACGUGGUAUUGGCAAAUGCUUUACUGAAUGUGGCAACGUUAAACAAUAUUGUAAUUGAGCAAAAGUAUUUGGAGGUUGGCCACACCCAAAUGGAGGCUGACUCUAUGCAUGCCACCAUAGAGAGGAAGCUGAAAAAUAAAAUUAUUCAUGUGCCAGCUGAAUAUGUAGGAGUUUGUCUAGGAGCACGCAUACAUCCUAAGCCCUACAACGUCACAGACAUUCGUGCGCUGCAAUAUAAAAAAGGGAAUAUAUACUUUAAGCUGAGAUUCACAGAUGAGUGGCAGUUACUACCACAACGAUGUGAUAGAAAUAUCACACCAACAGCGAUUGAAAGCUUACCGGAUCUUCAUGAAAAUCGGCAUAAAAUUAAAAAUCGUAAACUCAAAGACCUCCAGGAAUUAAAAUCUACAAUACCGGUGGACUAUAGGGACUUUUACGAUAACAUCCCACAUGAAUGA